AUGUUCCACAGCCAUCCUACAUCAAUAUUUUGUAUAAUUGCUACAGAAUUCUGCGAAAGAUUUUCUUUCUGUGGACUCAGGACUAUAUUGUCACUAUAUUUGAGAAAUGUAUUGUGUCUGCAUGAGAAUGCUGCUACCGUAGUGUAUCAUAUAUUUAUAAUGAUGUGCUAUACAAUGCCGUUGAUGGGUGCAAUUUUAGCUGAUAAUUUUAUAGGACGAUACAGAGUAAUUUUAUAUUUCUCAAUAAUAUAUUUGAUUGGAACAAUUUUGACAUGUUUCUCUGCCAUACCACCGUUAAUGUUACCAGCUACGUAUACUUCAAUGAUCGGCCUAGCAUUAAUCGCUACUGGAACUGGGGGCAUUAAACCUUGCGUGGCAGCGUUUGGGGGUGAUCAGUUUCGUUUACCUGAGGACAAUCAGAGGCUGCAAAGUUUCUUCUCGACGUUCUACUGUACUGUGAACCUUGGUGGCUUCAUGGGCAUGGUGGUGACACCAGCGCUGCGUCGUAGUGUCAUGUGCUUCGGCGAUGACGCCUGCUAUGCCCUCGGCUUUGGAUUCCCUGCACUUCUAGUCCUUGUAUCUAUAAUUAUAUUUAUCGCUGGAAAACCUUGGUACAGAAUAAAACAGCCUCGCGAAAAUGUUACAUUAAAAUUUGCAGCAUGUGCGUGGUAUGCGUGUAGAAAGCGAUUGCGUCACGACCCUAAUACAGAUGGACCUCCCUUGGAUCACUGGCUCGACUACUCAGCUGAAAAGUACGGUCAAAAACUGGUCUCCGAUAUGAAGGUGGUUUGCUCCAUCUUGUAUCUUUAUCUGCCGGUACCAAUUUUUUGGUCGCUUUUCGAUCAACAGGGUUCCCGCUGGACAUUUCAAGCAUCAAGACUACGCAGUGAAGUAUUCGGUAUGACGCUGAUGCCGGAUCAGUUGCAAGUGAUGAAUCCAGCUAUGGUGUUGGUAAUGAUACCGGUGUGUUCCGGCGGAGUCUGGCCGAUACUACCUGAUCUGCCGCCAUUACAGAAGAUGUUUAUUGGUGGUAUGUUAGCUGCUAUGGCAUUCGUGUCCGCUGGGAUAUUACAAAUUGGUAUUGAGCGUUCAACAUUACAAGUACCAGGCCACGAUCAAACUGGGUUGGUUGUUCUGAACACGCUGGGCUGCCCUGUUGAGAUAGCGGUGCGCGGUGAAGGAAUCGCCCCUGUGGAGACCCACGGAACUGCUCUCACCUCGCCCCUCCCGCACCGCAACCUCGGUCUGACAGCGACCUGCCCAUAUCACUGCGCUGGAAGAAUUAUAAAGCAACACGUGGUCAAAGCUGAGCUACACACCGUUGCUGGCAUGUUUAUGCCUGUGAUUGUUGGUCAGAAUUCUGACGAUCAAAUAAGAUUAUACUUCAUGGAUCCAAAUAAAUUCGGAAAGUCCUUAACGGGAAAACCGAAACUGAAGGUUGUCUACGUGGGAGACACGGGACCAAAUAAGAAUGUCUCGAUUACUGUGGAAACGGACAAAAGAUUGAAUGAUAUAUACUACGUGUCCGAUGCUCCAGUCGAUCACAUCGGUGAAUCUGCCUAUAUGUGUCUACAGCCGGGGAAAUUUAAAUGGCACGCGUCUAGUGCAAGUGGUGAGUUAUCUGGUUCUGGUGAGGGUUACGUUCGAGCUGGUGGUGUGUAUGUUCUCUGUUUGCGAGAACGAUUGGGACGAUUGGAUGCUGCAGUACUACAUGCACCAAAUCCACCGAAUGAAUUACACCUCGCGUGGAUCGUACCACAAUAUCUCUUAGUCUCUAUAGCGGAAAUCAUGUUUGCUGUCUCAGGAUUGGAAUUUUCCUUCACUCAGGCACCAAAAAGCAUGAAAACAAUAACAAUAGCGGCGUGGUAUGUUUCGGUGGCGUUCGGAAACUUGAUCGUGAUUUUGAUUGCGCAGACAAAAAUAUUUGAAUCUAGAGCUUCGGAAUUCUUUGUUUACGCCGCUGCCCUGGCGAUUGCAAUGUUAAUAUUCUGGCGCAUGGCUCAAGGGUACAACGCGAGAGAUAUUGAAGUCGACGCAUCGUCCACUGAAAGUCGUCCACUUCUCAGACAUAAGUCAAGGAUAAUCUCGGUGCAUUCGUUGUCAUCUACAAGUGCUCGGGCGUACGGGGUACGCGCACAAGAUCGUCAGCCGAGUAUGUGGCCGCCGCGUGCCGCCGUCCGCCUCGCCACGCCGAGCAGUGGCGACAUGCGAGUCACCACUCUUGCGAAAGAUUAA